ACCACCCCCCCGGCGAUGGGCACGAGCUGUUUGUGCCCCCUGCUCAACUUUGCGAUGGUCGAUCGCGGCGUGUUCAGGUCCGGCUUCCCCCAUGGCGCCAACUUUGGCUUCGGUCGGUCAUGUGAGUGUGGCGCCGCCGGAGGUGGCCUUUUUUUUUUCUUUGCGCGGUUUGCUCAUUGAGGAAUUGGCGUUUCCGGGUGGGUCUUGAAUGUGGCCGGAUCGUGGUUGUGGUUUGUGGGAUUGUUGCAGAUAUUUGUGACCCGAGCCUUAUCCGGAGGUGAAUAGCGAGUUCCUGGAGGCCAAAUGGGAUUCGGCUUUUCCACUUUGGGAUCGAUGGAUGCAAGAUGUAAGGAACCACCCUGUCUUAAUCCACUGCAAACGUGGGAGGGUGCCCCUAGUUCCCUGUUUACCCAUUAUUCUCUUGAACAUUGAGGUAUAAGCCAAUGUUGACCAACAAUCUGCUCCUUGAUGGCAUGCGGCGCCGAACCGGUUGUCUUGUGGGAUGCUUAAGAAAGUUACGGAAGCGGCGCUUGUCCUCUAUCUUUGAUGAGUACCACAGGUUUGCCGGCAUCGAAAGCUAGGGUAUCGUACUGGAGAUUUAUAGAGUUGUUCAAUAUUUCGAGCCAUGUGGCACUUGCCAAUCUCGAUUUCUUGUCGUGGAAAAGACCACAAAUCGGCCAAUUUUCAUGUCGUCGCUAGCAACCAAACAACGUGGUAUCAAAAAUGGGGGUAUCAUAGGUGUUGUCCUUUGAGAGCAGGACAGGAUGCAAAGUGGAUGUCCGUUUGCCUAGAUGAGUGCGUGAACUUUGCCUUGGAGGGUCGAAGUGAUAAUCCCUGUUGUUUUCCUCCUUCGCUAUCCAAUCAUAGAGUCGUGUCCGCAUGCGCAUCGUCCAAAGCUCUACUCAUAGGGGUAGUGGGGUAGGGGCGGUUCCGGCCAAUGCGUCACUUCCACAUGCUAGAGAUACGGCAUUGGUGGAAUAAUAGAUGUCCUCCAUCAUCCUCACCACGGCACGCACGACUCAUCUCCCUCUCUCCUUCUCUCUCUCUCUCCCUCUCUCUCUCGUCCCGGCGAGAAUAAGGCAUAGGAGAAGGCGAAGGAGCAGAAAAGGGAAGACAAAGAUGGAGGAGGAGGAAAAAAGGUUACUGGGUGUGCUUCAAUUCUUAAACAAAUCUAACAAUGCUAAGAUAUGUUUCAAUUUUUUUUUUUUAAAUGCUGUGGCUCAUGGGUUUUUGUCAAUGAGUUAGCCGCAUUCUUCUUAAUGCUCUUGCUUGCAUGUUGCCUGGAGCGAGGAUGGUGUCUAAGCUUCACUUAGAUGGGACAGUUCCCGGGCAAUUUACGUCAUCCCACAUAUCUCUUUGCAAAAAGAAAAAGGGUAGGCAGCAGAGAUGACGACAAAUCACUUCAUCUGUUAAUCAUCCUGCCUGCAGUGAAGCUGCCAAAAAAAUAGAUGGCCCAUCCAUACCAUUCAAAUAUGGCGGCUGGGCUCGGCUUUUUAUGUAUCAAGAAGAAGAAUAAUGGCCUUAACCAUUAUUUUUUUUUUUGAACAGGGCCUUAACCAUUAUUGAACAGGUGUGCUUUCAUAGGAAACCGGUACCGCUCGCUUUCUUGCACCCAGGACACUUUUGAGUGCGUCUGAUGUCUGCGGUGCCAUGCUUUAGCAGAUCUUACUGUCCAUAGAAACCUAAUAAAUCUUCUCGCAAGACAAUGAUAAUCCUGCUCUUGCUUGCCUAGUAUUUUCCUGAGCAAAUGUCCCGUGACUGGUGAUUUGUUGCUAUCCGUAAUUUGCACUCACUUGGGGCGCGAAGUAUCUCAUUUAGUGGCAGAUACACAUGACUUUCCUGUGAUUUAUUUAUGGAUGACCUUGCUCUUUAUAAGUCCUUCGCAAACCGGCUGGAACUACAGAUAUUAUGAGUCUGAAAAGAGUGUCCGAGUUAUUGAAGUCAGGCCAAAUGUUAAUUAUUGGGGAACAUUGUGUGGAUAUCUGAGAGUAGUAGAGGUGUUCCCUGCGAUCUCCGUUCCACGCUGCAAGGACGAAUCCGAAUAUUCCGCUUCUCUUAUCUCGUUCCUUUUUCGAUCUAGUCAAGUGCCGCGUCCACACGCAUCAGGAAAAGGCUCACUCAUAUGCUACCCUUUACACGUAUUCUGGAUGGCGAUUGUUGAACCGCCUAAUGCUCAAUUAUUCAUCAGUGCCGGUGGAAUAAAUUUUUGCUCCACCUUUCCUCUUCACGCCUCAUAUCGCUCACCCCAACUUUUCUCUCUCUUUCCUGGCUAGAGGAAGGAGAAGGAGGAGGAGAAGAAGAGGAGUUCGUCUCGAGCUGUAAGGAGGCGAGGUUUUGGAAGAGCACUUCGAUCACCGAGAUACUGGACCUGAUUGCCGGUGAAGUCGCUGCUACGGUGUAGGUGCGUGUCCAAACGGUAUGGAUCUGCAUCCCCCGGGUGACGUGGAGCCGCACCUCUGCCUCUUCUGCAGGGAUCCCCCGAGCCUCUACCAUAAGGAUCUGCAUUCCCCGGGUGACGUGGUGAAUAUAGAGUACCCUCGGCCUCUUGGGGGGGAACGGAUCAAGGUGCUUGGGUCUUGCCGUGACUUACUUUGCAUUUCUAAAGCGAACGACCGCGACGUCGCUAUAUGGAAUCCGUUCACUGGGGAUCAUGAGCUCUUGCCUCCUGAAGAUACUCAGAUACACGGUGGAUUGGUUCGCUCUGUUUGCGUUAAUGGAUUUGGGUAUGACGAUGAGAAUGGUAAUUGCGUGCUGGUGAGGCUGAUUCAGACCCUUGAAGAGCGGAUCGAAUCUCGACUUAGCAUCUAUAGAUCGGGAGCUAAUGCGUGGAGGCGGCUCCAGGAGAUCGAGAUCCCGUACUAUCUGGAUUUAAUGGACAAAAGGGGGGUUUUUGUGCAUGGCCACGCGCGUGUGCACUGGAUAAUGAGACGUGAGUGGGCGCUGAAUUCGGCAAAAGUGUUGGUGGCUUUUGAUUUUCAUGCUAACAAUUUUGUGGAGGUGGACCAGCUUAAUUUAAUAGAUAAUAAGCGUGACAUGGAUUUGACCGUCCUGGGAGGGUGUCUCUGCCUUAUCAUUUAUGAUGCGCCAAAGGGUGUUGAUGUGUGGAUUAAGAGAGAAUAUGGAUUGAACGGACCAUGGAUUCAGUUGUUCUCUAUAGCUGAGUACCCGAGGGAUAUGGGGCUUCUCCGGCCAUUGGCUUUUUCCCAGGUUGGUGAUCGAGUUUUGGUGGUCGUGGGCGGUGAGAAUCCCACUCUUGUGUGGUGUGAUUUACGGAUCGAUGCAGUCGACGAGUUUGAUGUAGGGGACAUGCCAGGUUUCUUUGACGCAGAAAUUUGUUUGCGAGCCCAUGUUCCGGCCGAUGGAUGAUGGACGACCCGCUGACCCGCCGAGAUGAGGAGGCAAACACUUUGUGAAAAGUAGCUAGCUCUUUCCUGUUGGACUAAUUGUUUGUAGACGGACCUUUAAUAACCUGGUUAGUGUUGCAUUGUAUUUAGUUAGAAGAAGGUUCGAGAGCUGUCUGCCACGCAGUAGGUUGCAGUUGGUUUUUCAAGUAAGUAGUGUUCGUGGGGUUAACGAAACUGUAAGUGAGAUGGGUGUCUGAAUAAUAAACAGAGGUUACAGGAGCUUGCUCGUGUUUUGGAUAUCCGACUAUAUUUUGCUUUAAAUC